AUUCUUUGGUCCACAUCAAUGCUAAUGCCGUAUUCACAGAAAUGCUUACUGUUGAGGUUUGGGUUUCAUGUUAAUCUGUGUCAACUGUGUUAAGAAACUUUAGUUUCUAUAGAUAUUUUUUUCAGAUUUUGUAGUGUUAUAUAAAAAAAAGAGACUAAUAUCAAAGUGCAUUAUCUUCCUCAGUCUGCUAUGUUGUCUUUCUUUCUUUCUUGUUUUCUGUCACUCACUCACACAUUCUCUUGCUCUGUCUGCAGAUUAUCUGGUUGUAUGAUCACAGAUAAAGGCUGUUGUUCUCUGGCUUCAGCUCUAAUUUUAAACCCCUCCCACUUGAAAGAGCUGGAUCUGACCUACAACCACCCAGGAGAGUCAGGAGUGAAGCUGCUUUCUGACAGACUGGAGGAUCCACACUGCAAACUGGAGAAACUCGGAGUGGAACAUGGAGGGAAGAUCAGAAUCAAACCUGGAUUAAAAAAAUGGUUCUGUGAUUUCACUCUGGAUCUGAACACAGCGCAGCGUUAUCUCUCUCUGAGUGAGGAGAACAGGAGGGUGGAGUGGAGAAAGGAGCUGCAGUCGUAUCCUGAUCAUCCACAGAGAUUUAAUGAGUGUUGGCAGGUUCUGAGUAGAGAGAGAGUUACUGGUGUUACUGGUGUUACUGGACGCUGUUACUGGGAGCCUGAGUGGAGCGGAGGAGGAGGAGGAGCUGCUGUAGCUCUGAGUUAUAAAACCAUCAGCAGGAAAGGAGGAGGAUCAGACUGUGGGUUUGGAGGGAAUCUAAACUCCUGGAGUCUGAUCUGCUCUGAUAACAGUUACUCUGUUCAACACAAUAAUAACAGAACUGUUCUCUCCACUCCUCCCUCCGGCUGUAGGAGAGUAGGAGUGUAUGUGGACUGUCCCUCCGGCACUCUGUCCUUCUACAGAGUCUCCUCUGAUACACACUCACACACACCCUCACACACUCUCACACACUUACACACAUUCUACACCACCUUCACUCAGCCCCUCUUUGCAGGGUUUUUGGUUUAUUCUGGCUCCUCAGUGCGUCUGUGUAAGAUAGAAUAACCCUGUGUGUAACAGAGAUUUGAUGUGUGUGUGUGUGUGUGUGUGUGUGUAGGAGGGAGAAUGUGUGUAUAAAUAUAAGUAUGUAAAUAUUUUAUAUAGAUGAUUUUGUAUUUUUUUCCAGAACCUUUAUUUUAAUUACUGUUAUCUUUAUUCACUACUGUUUUUAUUGUUAAUGA